CCGCUAAUAUGUGUGAUAAGUGAUAACAUAAUAUAAAAGACCGUGAUAUUUGGUCUUUAGAAUCGUAACCCUCGUAUUUAGGAUUAGAGUGUCUACAAUAUAGAAAAUUCAAAUUUGAUUAAUUUAAGUUUAAUAUUUUUUUGGUUACAAUUUUCGAUCCUUUAUUAAUUUUAUUUUUUGUUAUUCUUAACUUAGUUUAAUUUAGUCGUUUUAUUUUUAAAUUUUAUAUCCAAUAAUAAUUGUUUAACCUUCUCGCAUUCAAAUCUUUUGUAAUUAAAAUAAUAAUAACAUAAAUAAACAAAUUAACUUAGGUUAUACUCUGAAUCUUUGGAUCAGUCUUACAACUGCUCUAUAAUUUUACUAUGCGUUAGUAAUAAGAUCAUUAUUUUGUACACCAUCACCGUGUACUUUAAUUAAUAGGCAUUUAACUAAUUGAAUUCAAACAAUCAAAACCAACUCUUAAAUUUUUUAACUUGUUAAUUCACAAUAAACCAAAUGAAAGCAUACUGUGCUUUUGCGACACAAUUGUAACAUACUUUGUACUCCCAAUAAUUUAAAUUUUGAUUUAAAUUAGAUUGUAAACAAGUAUUGGUCAAAAAUGGACAUCACACAUAAUUUAGAUGGUGGAGUCUUGAAAGAGAUAUUAGUACAUGGCAAUGGAACGGAUAAGCCACAUAAAGGGUGUAGGGCUUAUGUACAUUACACUGGUUCACUUUCCGAUGGUACUGUUUUUGACAAAACUAAUAAUGCGCCAUUUCAGUUUACAAUAGGAAAAGAUAUGACUAUAAAAGGUUUUGAAUUGGCUGUAUCUUCAAUGACUUGUGAUGAAAAAUCAACAUUUCGAUGUCAUCCAGAUUAUGGAUAUGGAUCAGAUGGUUUUGAACAAAUUAUCCCCCCUAACACUUGGCUUACAUUUGAAAUACACUUACUGAAAUGGACGUGGGAAGAUAUCAGCCGGCGAAAAGAUAAAAGUAUUACAAGACAAAUAUUAGAAUAUGGAGUGGACCAUGCUACACCUAGUAGUGUUUCGUUAGUUAAUAUUCAUUUAGAAAAAGAAGAAAAUGGUAAUGUUAUUGAAGAAAGAGAUAUAGAGUUUAGAUUAGGAGAAGGCAAAGACUUCGGUAUUUGUCCUGGCAUAGAGAUUGCAUUAACUAAAUUUAAAUCAAAAGAGAAGUCAAGAUUGUUUAUUCACGGAAAACAUACAUUUUUGGAAUUUGGAGAUGAUGAUUUCAAAGAAGUGUAUGUCAUCAAACUUAACUUUUUUGAAAAGUUUAAAGAAAGAUGGUCAUUGACAUGUGAAGAUCGUAUUGAACAAGCAAAAUUUUUCAAACAAAAAGGAACAGAUUACUUUAAAAUGGAUAAUUAUAAACUAGCACUUAAAUUCUAUAAGAAAAUGGAGGACUAUUUAAAAGAUAAUAUUUCAAUUGAUGAAAACCAGAUGAAAGAAAUCAAAUGUCUUUCAGUUACAUCUUAUUUAAAUUCUGCUUUAUGUAAUUUAAAAUCACAUAGACAUACUCAAGCAAAAAAUGAUUGUGAGAGUGCACUAAACCUAGAACCAACAAAUGUCAAAGCUUUGUUUAGAAAAGGCGAGGCUUUAGUUGGUUUACAAGAAGUAAUAGCUGCAAAACAAAGUUUUGAAGCUGUUUUACAACAAGAGCCAAAUAAUCGUGCAGCUAUCGCAAAAAUAUUUGAAUGUGAUAAAAAAUUAAAAUCACAAAAAAAAAUAGAAAAAUCUGUUUAUUCAAAUAUGUUUGAGAAAUUUGCCAAGAGAGAUACUGAAAAAGAAGAAGAAUUUCUAAGUCAACAACCCGAUGUUAUGAACACGCUUGGAGAAUGGGGAGAUGAUGAACGUGAACGAGCUCCUACUGAAUUUGAGAAAGAAAAUCCCAAUAUAUUGAUGUUAAACACAACAGGCUAUUUCAAAAAUAUGUAAAAUAUUAAUUAUAUGAUUAACAGGUAACUAGGUAUUUUAAUUAUUAGGAUUAAAUAGAUGAAACAUAAAUCACAAAAAUAAGACAACUGUAUAACUAGUGUAUUUGUUCAAAGUACAAUUUUUUUUGUUAGUUUAAUGUAUUCCAUAUAUUUUUUUGUUAGUCAAAUAAUUGAUAUAUUUCGUACUUUUUAUGUUUUUCAAAAUAAUAAUAAUUUUACAGUAAAAAAAAAAAAAAAUCAUAAUAUAAUAUGUAGGUAAUAACAAUUCUUGUCCUGAUAGCUUCAUUUUGUAUUUAAAAGCAAUAUUUUUGUUAGGCGUUUCAAUUAAACUUGUUAAAUUGUUUUCAUUUCCACUCAGUAACCAAUGCCGAAAGAAUUAGAAUACGGUGAAUGUUUAAUUCCAAACGAAUGUGCUGGUUGCAAAUCGACUUGAACCUGAAAUAAUAAAAUCAGUAUGACAGCAGUGUGUUGUAAAUAAUUGUACAUAAACAUAAGUAUAUUUGUAAUGUAUGCUGUCUAACUGAGAUAACUUUUUUUUAAGACAUUAAUGUCAUUAUAAAAAAGUUUUGUCAGAUAAUGUGAAAUAUUGUAUAGAUAACUUUCAAGACCCAUUCCGUUAACGCAUAUCUUUCCUCAAAUUAAUUUAUUAAUCUGCUGGCUUUUUUUUACAAUUUAAAUUGUAUAAAUAUUAAUUCAUUUUAAAAACAGAAUUUUACAUUUUACAUAUCAUUUAAGAAAAUACCAUAAUAAAAUGUUAAUAAAUUAAACUGAAUCAUUUAAAAUGCUGAAAGCUCAGCAGAUUGAUAUUUUAAUUUUUAGUAUUUUGUGAUAAUUUAUAUUUUUCUUUUCUUUUUUUCUUACAUAAUCGUGGAAAUAAUAGUAUAACUAAAACUAGUGUCUGUAAUAUUUUAUCUUGUGUUUUAAGGGGCAAAACCUCACUUGGUUCUGCAUAUAUGCUAAGAUCAUAACUAGUUUUUAAUUUUAUAACUACUGAAUGUUAUAUUACUAAUUACUUAACAAUGUGAAAUUAAAUUAAUUUUAUAAUUUGUGCUUUUCAACGUGUAUCUUUAAAUUAAUCUUAAUCUAGUCAAAUUGUGCAUAUACUAGACUCUUUCAAACUUGUCCGAUGUGCGUUAUACAAAUUACUUUGAAAUGUUUAUGCUGUAUGCACUGACCUAUUCUUGUUCAUAUAUUAUUCCUUCAUAUUGUGAAUGUCUUAUACCAAAAGAAUAGGAUGGUACAGAUGAUUUUAACAUUGUCACCUAAAAUGUUUCAUAUAUUAAUUUAAUAUUAUUAUGUAUAUAUAUUUUAUUGUGGAGAAAUUAUGUUUUAAGUGACCCAUGUUGACUAUGUUUUAUUUUUGUCAUAUAUUUGUUAAUUUAUGUGAUUGUGUAAUAAAUAAAUCAUCAAAUUGAUAUGCCAAUUA